CUAGCGCCUGCGCGUUGGCAGCUCAGGCAGGCGGACGGAACUCCCGCGCUAUCCAGCCACCUGGUCUCGCCUUGUCUGUUCUCUACCUACGGCAUGGAGGGGGUCCCGGCGGUAACCGCAGGCAGCGCGGGCGCUGCCAAGGCCGAGGAAGCCGCAGCCAUGCCGCCGCCGCCUCCCGUCUCCCCGCCUGCCCUCACUCCGGCGCCCGCAGCGGGUGAGGAGGGCCCGCCGCCCCUACCCGAGGCGGGGGAUCCCGGCUGCUCGGGCUCCAGGCCCCCUGAGCUGGAGCCGGAGCGCAGCCUGGGCCGCUUGAGGGGCCCCUUCGAGGACGAGGACGAGGAGUUGGAAGAAGAUGAGGACCUGGAGGAAGAAGAAGAGGAGGAAGAGGAGGAAGAGAUGAGCCACUUCUCGCUGAGGCUGGAGGGGGGCCGGCCGGACUCCGAGGACGAGGAGGAGCGCCUGAUCAAUCUCUCUGAGCUGACUCCCUACAUCUUGUGUUCCAUUUGCAAAGGUUAUUUAAUAGAUGCAACUACCAUUACAGAAUGUCUUCAUACAUUUUGUAAAAGCUGCAUUGUCAGACACUUUUACUAUAGCAACAGAUGUCCAAAAUGCAACAUAGUAGUACAUCAGACACAACCUCUUUACAACAUAAGGUUGGACCGACAGUUACAAGACAUAGUGUACAAAUUAGUGAUCAAUCUAGAGGAAAGAGAAAAAAAGCAAAUGCAUGAUUUCUAUAAAGAAAGAGGUCUAGAAGUACCUAAACCUGCUGUUCCACAGCCAGUCCCUUCAAGCAAAGGAAGAACUAAGAAAGCCUUAGAAUCAGUGUUUCGUAUUCCACCUGAACUUGACAUGUCUUUAUUACUAGAGUUUAUUGGUGCUAAUGAAGGCACAGGACAUUUUAAGCCAUUGGAAAAGAAGUUUGUCCGAGUUUCAGGAGAAGCAACUAUUGGACAUGUAGAAAAAUUCCUCAGAAGAAAAAUGGGUCUUGAUCCAGCUUGUCAGGUAGACAUCAUCUGUGGUGAUCAUUUGUUAGAACGGUAUCAAACUCUAAGGGAAAUUCGACGUGCAAUAGGUGAUGCAGCAAUGCAGGAUGGUCUGCUGGUUCUUCAUUAUGGACUUGUGGUUUCUCCUUUGAAAAUUACUUGAAGAUUGUAAGAUUAUUAGGAGUGGGUGAACAAAAUAAGGAGGCUUCUGCAGGAUUGCAUUCUCACCAAAGAUUUCCAUGAAACAUGUAAUUGCUAUCAUUUUGUGCUGUUUGGGAUGUAACUUAUCUAUUUUCAGCACCAAGAAUCAUAGGAGUCUUAUAAAUCAUAGGAUUUUUAAGUAUAACUUGGAAUGAUAGAAUGCGUCUGUUUAGUGAAAGAUCUGUUUAGUAAAAAGUCUGUCUGGUAAGUGACUAUAUAAAAAGCAUCCAUAGCUCAGGGGGAAAUUUUUUAAAGCAUUUACUUUUUAUGAUUUCAGAUACUUUGAUAUAGAUUUUGUUUCCUAAUCUUUGAGGUAAAUCAGUCACUGUUUUUGUCUUCAUUGAGCCAUACCCCUUUCAAGUUGGUGAUUGGGAUUCUGCUCUUUGGAAUGGCAUCAGUUGGGCAGUCAUCCAAUUGGAAAAGGAGUGUGCUUUUGAACUGAAAAUUUAAAACCAGACUUUGUUAAAUUACAGAAUGUACCUCUCAGACAAAGACCAAAACUAUGGGCCACUUUUGUAUGUUGCCGUCAUAUUUUGAACUUAUGUCUUUUUUUUUUUCAAACCAGCAACACUACUAAAGAGAUGUUAUCCACUUCUAAAAGGGAUGAAUUAUAAUUUUUUGUGUGUGGAGGAGGCUGUCCCUUGUAGGGUUUAGGUCUUCAGUGUAAUGAAGGCACAUUUAACAUACCUUACAGCAAGGGGUGCCUCUUUGCAACAUUUUUUUGAUUGUUAGUUUGAUUAACAUUAAUUUUGAGUACAUAGUAUGAUUGUCAGUACCUUGUAAUGGUACUGCUUUUGAAAGUAAUUUAAAAAUUUGAGUGAAUUUAAGGUUUACAGAAUACUUGUUCAUUGUUUCCUCAGUAAGUCAGUUUAAUGUUCAUUUUCCCAUUUGUUGCUGUGAUAAAGAAUACGGGUGUUUGAGAGCUCACUCAGUUGCAUGCAAAAAUUUCCAUUUUAAAGAUUAUUUUGCCUAAAAUUAGCAUUGUGAUGCUUUAAAAGAAAUAUUUUGUAGACCUUAUUUCACUGUAAAAUUUCUGAAUCUGCAUAAAAGCAAUUAUAAUUGGAGGAAGAUUGGUGAUUGUUUUAUAAAGAAUUUAUGAAUUCUGUAUAAAUUUCUUCUAACAUUUAAUACAAUUUUUUAAUAAAAUUUUAUUUUAACCUAUUU